AUGCUGAACCUGUACCCACCCUCCACGCACAGUGCCUGGAACGGCCACCCGGUCUCAUACCCGCCCGGCACAGACUCGGCCGUGAACGAGAUCUUUGAGGCCACUAAGGGCAUUGGUACCAAGGAGAAGGAGCUGAACAAGGCACUGGGAGGCAAGACGUCCACGCAGCGCGACUUCAUCGCCAAGCGCUACCAGGAGCUACACAAUCAGAACCUGCGCGAUCUGUUGGACGACGAAACGUCGGGUCACUACGGGUUCCUGCUCAAACUGCUGGCAUCACCCUUGCCCGAAGCAGAAGCUGGUAUCCUACACAAGGCCACCAAGGGCCUGGGCACGAAAAAGCAUCUCAUCUACCCAGUGGUCGUAGGCCGUACUAACACCGAGAUCAACAUUCUCAAAAAGACGUACUACGAAGCGUACGGUGAGGACCUGGGCUCUGCGCUAGACAGCGACCUGAGCGGUGACUUCCAAACGGUGAUCCUGGCGUCACUGCAGGCUGCGCUCGUACCGUAUGAUGCAAACAUCCACAAUGCCGCCAAAGUAGAGGCUGACGUGGAGAAACUCUACAAAGCAGGGCGUGGCAGAAUAGGCACGGACGAGGAGGGUUUUGUGAGCAUACUGGUGGCCAGUCCACCCGAGCAUCUGCGCGCCGUGGCCGCUGCCUAUGAGAAGAAUUACGAGGAGCCGCUGACAAAGGCCGCGGCACAUGAGUUCCGCGGUGAGGCGGAAAAAGCCGUGCUGUUCCUCAUUCGUAUGAUCACGGAGCCACUCGAGCUAUUGGCUGAGCUGUUUGAGGAGGCCAUGCAGGGAUUUGGCACGGACGAGAACGCUCUGAGCUCGGCCGUCGUGCGCUAUCACAUUGUGCUGCGCGACAUCAAGCCCGUGUACAAGAAAAAGUAUGGCAAGGAACUGCGUGAGCGCAUUGCCGAGGAGGUGAGUGGCGAGUACGGUGAGCUGCUGCUGUCGAUAUUUGACGCCCGCGACUAA